UAUUUCCAUUCACAUAAGGAGCCUGAAGCAGUGACAGAAAGGGGCUUCUCCUACUCCAGGAGACCUACUGGCACUUUUUGCCCUUAACUUUAGGGAAACUUUGCACUGAGCCGCAGGCUACACAAACUGCAUUCACUUGAUUUCCUGUGGACACUGGAAAAGGGAGACAUCUCCAGUGAUGGCAAGGGGAGCACUGCUGGCAGCCCUGGGCCUGUGGAUCCACUACCUCACUGCUCCCUGUACAGCUACUGCCACGACACAAGCCACUGUCCCAAGAAGCACCAUAGAAACAAAGAGAGACUUUGAGGGGAUCGAGAGCAAAUUUUCCUUAAGGACAGCUGACGAACCUGAUGAUGACAUCUGCUACUUGGUCCCUGGUCAAGAAGACACUGUGGCACGAUGCAACUUCAACCAUACCAGUAAAACCUUUGUGGUGAUCCAUGGAUGGACGGUAACUGGAAUGUACGAGAGCUGGGUCCCAAAGCUGGUGGAUGCUCUGUAUAAGAGAGAACCCGACUCUAAUGUCGUCGUUGUAGAUUGGCUAAGUCGUGCCCAGCAGCAUUAUCCAGUAUCUGCUGCCUACACUAAACUGGUGGGAAAGGAUGUAGCAAUAUUUAUUGACUGGAUGGAGGAACAAUUCAAUUACCCACUCGACAACCUCCAUUUGCUGGGCUAUAGUCUUGGUGCCCAUGCUGCUGGGAUUGCUGGAAGUCUGACCAAAAAGAAGAUUAACAGGAUCACUGGUUUAGAUCCAGCUGGACCUAACUUUGAAUAUGCUGAAGCAACCACGCGCCUCUCCCCGGAUGAUGCUGAUUUUGUCGAUGUCCUACACACCUACACCAGGGGGUCUCCGGAUCGCAGCAUUGGGAUACAGAAGCCCGUUGGGCAUAUUGACAUCUACCCAAAUGGAGGAGGCUUCCAGCCAGGCUGUAAUCUAGGUGAAGCUCUGCGCCUGAUUGCAGAAAAAGGCCUUGCAGAUGUGGAUCAACUGGUGAAGUGCUCUCAUGAACGCUCCAUCCACCUCUUCAUCGACUCCCUCUUGUACGAAGACAAGCCAAGCCUGGCCUACCGCUGCAACACAAAGGAAACCUUUGAGAAGGGGCUGUGUCUGAGCUGCAGGAAGAACCGCUGUAACAAUCUGGGCUAUACAGUCAACAAAGUGAGAGCCAAGAGAAACAGCAAAAUGUAUUUGAAGACUCGCUCUCAGAUGCCCUAUAAAGUCUUUCAUUACCAGGUCAAGGUCCAUUUUUUUGGAAAGGUGAAUGUGACCAAGACAAAUCAGCCAUUCCUGGUCUCUUUGUAUGGCACUGCCGAUGAGAGCAAGAACAUUGCUUUGAUACUACCUGAAAUUUCCACAAACAAGACCUAUUCCUUCCUGGUUUACACUGAGGUCAAUAUGGGAGAUCUCCUCAUGCUGACAUUGCAGUGGGAGAAGGAAUCCAUUUUCAGCUGGUCGGACUGGUGGACCUCCUAUGCUUUUGACAUCCAGAGGGUCAGAGUGAAGGCAGGAGAAACGCAGAAAAAGAUGGUGUUCUGCUCUCGCGAUGGGAUCUCUCACCUCACAAAAGGGAAGGAGGCUGUGGUAUUUGUGAAAUGCGCUGCUAAGCCCAACAAUACAGACACAGGAGACCAGUCUAGACCUUAAAGAAAGAUCAGCUCAUAAAUUUUCUGAAGAAUGAAGUGGAUGAAACAUUUCUGCUUUGGAUGGAAAAAUAACCCCCAUUAUGUCGGGUGUUGAGAACUGAAUGUAUUGAAAUAUUUAGCAGCUGUAAUACUGCUGGCCUUUUAGUCUACUGUUCCUAGUUAUUCUAGUAGACUCUUUUGUACAGAGUCUCAGAACACACAAAGUGGUUACUUAACUAUAAAGAACAUAUUAGCCAAGUAGUUUAAAAUACAUCUACAGAAAGUGUAACAUCUUGAUUACCGGGAAGAAUUAAGAGUUAUUUUGCCUCAAAAUACCACCUUGUAACAAGGUUUCUUGAUAUGAUGUACUGUAUAGCAAAUUCUUAGUAUUUAUUGAAAAGUCUCAUUUCUGGGCCUGUAUUUUGGCUUUUUAAACUUGAUUUGUUACUUUUAAAGAUUUUUCUAAAACUGGACAGAUGUCUGUUUUUGUGGUUGGGCAACAUCCGUUCAGCUAAUUAAUGAGUUUAAAGACCCUUCGCUGACCCUCGCUCAAGGUGGUCAAAUAUAUUUAGCAUUCGGGAAAGCAUAUACCUACUCUUGCUAAGGCUGGUACUCAAAAGAUGCCCAGGACUGAAUGAAUAUGGAAAGAGAAAAUUCUGGAUAAUAAUGCAUUGUACUUUGCAAUGUAAAAACUCCAGUGCUGUGAGUACUGAUUUAUCCUUAGGUAUGACCUGUUAAUCUAUACUCUGUUAAAUAGUUCAUCCUGCAAUAAAUGUCCAAUCAUAGGAGAUGCUAGCAUUUUCAUUGUCCUAUGAUGAUAUUUUAACAUUAAUGGGUAACAUCUUUUUCAAAUAAAGCCAUCUAAACUCUGACAUCGCUCUAGGUUAGGGGCUUCAAAAGAAGUAACAAACUGAAAACUGCAGGGAACUUAUUUUCAUCACCUGUUUACAACACCAGUGCAAAAUGAGGUGAAAACCAGACCAUUCUGCUCUGACCCUUGAGUUUCAGUCUUUCGAGCCACAGCUGUUCUAGCCUUGUGUUCUCCUGUAUUUUCCAGACAUGAAAAUGGACAGGCUGCAUGAUCAUCCUUCCCUUUGCUGAUAUUCUUGUUUCCAAAGACUACUCUCUAUUUAUUUCUUGCCUAUGACAUAGGGGUAGAAGCUGUGAGCUGCAAGAUUGUCUGAAAUGUCACAAAUUUCAGUAAGGUGCAGGAUCUAGGCCAUUCAAGGAGCCUGAGUGUAUUGUUCACAAAACACAAUGCUCUGAGAUCACUUGAAUUAAAAGUGCCACAAACAAACACAGAAGUACUGUAAAACUGAAGGGUUGGGGUUUUUUAUAAUAAAUAAUGUAUAUUUAUUCGAA